AUGGCAGUGAUGAAUGAAGCUCUAAGGUCCUGGGAAAGAUGUAAUGUGAACAACGAGGGAUCUGGAUGUGCCGACUUCAAGCAGAGCCCCCCAGAGCCAAGCGGUUUGGAGAAGGACAGAAAGGAGGUUUUGCAAGAGUACAUCAGGCGCCUGAGGGCAGAACAGGCCUCUCUGAAGCUCCCCGCCUCAGGGACAUCGCCCAGGAUUGACUUUGCAGCAGCCAGAAUCAACGCGGGGAUUGUAGCCAAAGUAGCAGAGGUGCAGAGAGCUUUGAGUGAUGUUCUCACCCCGGAGGCGGCAAGUCCCAAGAUGGAGAAGUUGCAUCUGGUGCAAGAACUGCAGACGGCCAGGGAAGCUUUGGCUGACUUAAAUAUCCAGCUGCAUUUAACGGGGAAGGAGAAGCAAGGCCUGGAACUCCAGACGUACACCCUGAAGGCUCAAGAGGCCGCUUGCUUGUUGAUCAUCCGGAUCCUACAGGGGGACUGUGAGAAGAGCCGGGGACAGCAGUCUGGAUCUUCCAGUAGCAGCAGCAGCAGCAGCAGUGAAGACAGUGACCUAAGGGACUACAUUCCCAUGCAUACCUCCAAAGGGACCCAUUUCCGUUUAGCUCAGGAUGCUGGAAGAAGGCAACCUGCUACAGACCCUGAGGCUCAGAUGACUGAACUUCGUGAGACUUCGGCUCGUGCCAUGGUCCAAGCUUACCAGAAUGCCCGGAGGAAACAGGAAGCCCAGGUGCGCCAGCUGGAGAUGCAGAUUGGCUUGAUGAGCCAACGGCAGGCGGGGCAGUUGCAAUCGCUCAUGCGCACCUUCCGGAGGUCAGAAGGCAGAGGAGACGGACGGGCCCCCCAUGCAGGGGUGGCGUCUGUGCGAGGGACACCCAGCCCUGUGGGGGAGGAUCACCAUACCAGAAUGUGUUGUGUGGCAGAUGCUGACCUCAAUGCAAAAUAA